AUGAGUCUCUCGCAGCGCCCCCCUUCGAGUGCUCUCUUGCCGGCUUCAGCAGAGGUGGAUGAUAACUCUCUUCGGCCACGGAACCGCCGCGUAGCGAGCAACCGGAAUAAUGCAACAUCAUCCUCCCUCUACUCAAGUCCGAGCAGGACCUCAGACAGAGGGGCCUCGCCGAUUCCCGCCGCACGUAUAGGAGAUGUUACUGGGAGGAACGAUUCUAGACUCGAGGUCGCGGCGGGCUCCGCUCGUACAAGUAGCCCCAGGGGUGGCCGUGGUCUGCUCGAUGGCUCGUGGGCUUCAACGUGGGCCUCCGUUCAGGAGUUUACCACAUCACUGCUGACCGGUGGAGAAUCAUAUCAUACCGGGUCAGAAAGGUUGGCAACUCAAACCGCUGGGAAACAAAAGAGCUCCAGCAGUUGGGGUCCCGAACCACCAAACGAGUCGAGGCCACGCUUGGAGGAUGUUGGAUCAGGAUCAUUAACCGAGCGGGAGGGGCGUCUCAGGGCCCUUAGGACAGCAAGUGUACUUGAAAGCCACGAGGGGGUCAAUGGUGGCCUGGAUGUUUCCAGGAGGUUCAAGAAGCGUAAUUCAGACGAGGAUUUGCGAGAAGCUUCUCAGAGUCAGGAAGCAGCGGAGCACCUGGUGUACAUUCACCAUGUACAACCUACCGAUACCUACGCCGGGAUUGUGCUUCGCUACAAGUGCCGUGAAGACGCAUUCCGUAAGGCCAACGGCCUAUGGUCUCGAGACAAUAUUCAGAUACGCAAAUGGCUUGCAAUUCCUGUCGAUGCCUGCGAGAUCAAGGGGCGCCCUUGCGAAGGCCCCUCAUUUUCCGGGGCUCAAGUUGAUUACUUGGCCCGUACGCCGGAAGGAACUGAUCCAUUUGGGCGAGACAACUCCAACAACCGAGAGUUUUUUGGCCCCUCAACCAACGACCAAGGCAGGGACGACACAUUACCAACAAAUGAUGACGAGCGACCAUGGACACAUGUGCGUUGGGUAUCACUCGACUCGUUUCCUAAUCCUGUUGAGGUCGCACGAGUAGAACGUAAGGUUCUGGGAUACUUUCCCCCGCGUCGGAGGAAGAGCAUUAACACCACUUCCACAAUGACGUCGCCUAGGACGUCAAUGGACGUACCGGGUACCACCCUAAGUGGAGAGACCGGUCCUAUGAGUCCCGGCAGCAUAUCUUCUCGCCGAACUAGUCUUAUGGGAAGCCGUCCUAGUCUUGUUGGAGAUGAUGCGCGGCCAGCAUGGAUGAGACGGCCGGGAGGUGUAGGCUCGCUGCGGAAUGUAAGAGCACCCGGGCCCGAGAAGGAUUAUUUCAACACGUGGACAAAUAAACAUCUACCGGGCCUCAACAUUGACUCUCUACCGUCCAUGGCUGUUUUGGGUGCUGAAACUGCCCGCCUCGGUUUCCACGGCGCUGAAGAGCACCCAACUAUUGUGGAGAGUCCUUUUGAAGACGGAGGCGAUGCCUCGAGGCUAAACGGUCAAGGGUCCACCGGCCUCGAUAAAGCAGCUGCGGCGGUCGAGAAUUGGCUACGAGGCGCCUUUGUCAAACGACCAUUAGGAACGCCUUCUUUAGGCGUACCGAAACGAUCGCCUCUUGGGGCAGAAGAAGGCGACCUCAUCGAGCUUACCGACACUAAUAGUGACGAUGAUCGAGGAGGCACUGUCAAUCCUACGUCUAACAAUUUACAGGACACAGGACUGUCGAAUUUUGAAGUCGGUACCUCUGGAAGAAGCGCUACAAUGGGCGGGACCUCGUCUCUGCUCAAUCUCGCGGUCCGAAUGCCGAUUUGCAUCGAAUGCAGACACCCUGUGAAGACGUUAUGGAGGGAGGGCGCAGGUGACAAGUCGACAGGACACAACAUCCGAUUGACGGUGUGCAAGAACUGCGGCCGCUUCUGUGACAAAUAUGUCGAGCAUGACUUUGUCGUACUCUUCAUUGAUCUUGUCUUGAUCAAACCGCAGGUCUAUAGACAUUUACUUCACAACACCUUGAUGAAAGACGAGGAUGAAUUUGCAUACAUGUUCUUCCUUCUCCUCUGUACCCUCUCAACCCUCGCCUUCCACGGCUCCAUCCGUUUCCUCACCUCCAGCCGGUACUCUCCUCUCCACCUCCUCGGCAUUCUCCCGCAGUUCAGCCGGCCCAACUCGGUCUCGACCGCGCUUCUCGUUUCGUCUUCCACCAAGUUAUUCCCCAUCCUGAUGGUAAUAUGGGAAUACGACGUUCCUGCGGCGGCGCGAUCGCUCGGCUGGGCCGUGGUGGCUAACAACGUCGAGGCGCUCAAGAUCUUGCUGGACUGCAACUACGGCGUGGCGACGCUGCUGGCGACGGCGGGCGCGCUGAGCCGGUGGGCCAUGGGAAGGGCGAUCUUAUGGGCGGCUGGGCUGGAUGGCGUGGACUCGGUCGGGGAGCAUAGCGUGGCGGAGGAGGGGAGGGUGUUGGGUUCCCUGUUAAUGUAUGCAAAGGAUUGGCUCGGGAGGCUGGCUGUUGGUUGA